AUGAAGCGAGAUAAGUAUGCUAGUCAUGUGGUGACGACGUACUGCCCCGCCAACAACGAGCCCAUAGCCAGCGUCCGGCAGGCUAGUUUGGAGGAUUAUGAAGAAACAGUAAAGAAGGCUAAAGAAGCAUGGAAGGUCUGGGCUGAUAUCCCUGCACCCAAGCGUGGAGAAAUAGUGAGACAGAUUGGUGAUGCCCUGAGACAAAAAAUCAAAGCUCUAGGAAGCUUGGUCUCUUUGGAAAUGGGAAAGAUUUUUGUUGAGGGUGUUGGGGAAGUGCAGGAGUAUGUUGAUGUCUGUGACUAUGCUGUUGGUUUGUCCCGGAUGAUUGGUGGACCUAUUUUGCCUUCAGAAAGACCUGGCCAUGCCCUUAUAGAGCAGUGGAAUCCCGUUGGGUUAGUAGGUAUCAUCACAGCCUUUAACUUCCCUGUAGCGGUUUAUGGGUGGAACAGUGCAGUUGCAAUGAUCUGUGGAAACGCUUGCCUCUGGAAGGGUGCUCCUACGACAUCCCUCAUUAGUGUUGCUGUUACAAAGAUAAUUGCCAAAGUCUUGGAGGAUAACAGAGUGCCUGGAGCUGUCUGUUCUUUGGUUUGUGGUGGAGCAGAUGUUGGGACAGCAAUGGCAAGAGAUGAGAGAAUGGACUUGUUGUCCUUCACUGGCAGCACAAAAGUGGGCAAGCAAGUAGCGCUUAUGGUUCAGGAGAGAUUUGGUCGAAGUCUACUGGAACUGGGAGGAAACAAUGCCAUUAUUGUGUUUGAAGAUGCAGAUCUGAAUUUAGUCAUCCCAUCUGCUCUAUUUGCCGCUGUGGGAACAGCAGGUCAGAGGUGCACAACUGCUAGAAGGCUGUUCCUCCAUGAAAGCAUCCAUGAUGAGGUGGUGGCAAAGCUUUCUAAGGCCUAUGCCCAGGUCCGCAUCGGUGAUCCAUGGGAUUCUGACACUCUGUAUGGGCCUCUUCAUACCAAAGAAGCAGUGAAAAUGUUCCUUGAUGCAGUAGAACAAGCAAAACAACAGGGUGGCUCUGUGGUCUAUGGUGGAAAGGUUAUAAGUCGUCCUGGAAACUAUGUUGAACCAACCAUUGUGACUGGCCUUCCUCAUAAUGCCCCGAUUGUCCACACUGAGACAUUUGCCCCCAUACUGUAUGUGCUGAAAUUUAAGGAGGAAGAAGAAGUUUUUGCCUGGAAUAAUGAAGUAAAACAAGGUCUUUCCAGCAGUAUCUUUACUAAGGAUUUGGGAAGGAUUUUCCGCUGGCUUGGGCCAAAGGGAUCUGACUGUGGCAUUGUGAAUGUCAACAUCCCAACCAGUGGAGCUGAGAUUGGAGGUGCUUUUGGUGGUGAAAAGCACACUGGUGGGGGAAGAGAAUCUGGAAGUGAUUCAUGGAAACUUUAUAUGAGACGGUCUACUUGUACAAUCAACUACAGCAAGAAUUUACCUUUGGCUCAAGGAAUCAAGUUUCAGUAACAGCCUUAUGAAUGACCAUGCUAUGAACUCUCCUAGCAUUUCAGAACCAGCACCUUCUAAGCCUCAUGGUGAAGAAAGUUAAUUACCUGAAAUUUACCUGCAGCAGAUACUAAUUCUGUCAAAAAAUCAGCUUCUCUAAAAUUGCUUCACUUUCAAUGUAUGAAAUUACUACUUCAGUCUUCAAAUGAGAAGUAUGUGGUCUUCGGGAAGAAGGGAAGGUGACUGAAACUAACAAACUUGGAUUUGAGUAGUGUGGAUAAUCUGUUGCCUUAUCACUGUAUUUCAGUAUCAACAUUAUCUGUAUCCUCUGCUUCCCCACCAUUCACUGAUAUUUUCAGAUGGUAGGGCUAUGCUUCAAACUAUGUGGUGAGUUUCCUUACAUAACUGGUGCUGAGGGGAUGAGCAGUACGGGGCUAUUUUUCAGUGCAUAAAUAAAGGUACAUUUUGUGAGAUACCUUGGGCUUCUCAGGUUUUUUUAUUUAUUUGGUUUUUUUUUUGAGCAGGAAUGUUCAGCUGACUGUCUAUUUUCACACACUGAGCUGCAAGCUGGGAGAAGUAUCACUGUGCUAAAAGGACUGUUUUAGUUUUCAUGUCUCCUUCAGAAAGGAGACUUUCGCCCUGUGCCUUGGGAGAUAAAGGGUAAGACCAGGGUCUACUGCAGUGUUUUGAAACCUCCUCUUAACACUAGAAGGAGCCACAGCCAGUUCAUGUUGUCGCUGCUCUUGUGACAUCCUACAAGCAAACCAGAUGAAGAACUGGAGAUGCAGCUAGGAGGGAUUAUUCUUCCGGAGGGAAUUUGCGGGGGAAAGGCAGAUCUUUUAUGUGUGUUUCACCUUAGGUGGGGGGUUUCUCCUGGCCACUGAAGACUACAGCCAUCAGCAGCUCAUUUAGGAUCCUUGCUCAGAAUCCAGGAUGAGAAGGGGCAUGGUGCUACAACAGCGAUUUUAGCUUUCCGCAGAGUAACUUCUGAAGUUUUUAAUGUACCAUUUUUGGAGGACUUUCCCUCUCAAUCUUAUGUACCAAAUUUCACCAGUCUCUAAACAUGGCAGAGCUGUUCAUUUUGGCUGAGAUUCUAGGACUCUAGUUUGGCUUUUGAGUUAUUUUGAUGCUAAGAUGUUGUAAGAGCAACACAUCCAAUGUGUUAAAGGUCCAAUAUAUGACAAUGCUAGCUGGUUGUCUUUCACCUUAAUAUCUAGUUUUAAAAUAUGCAGUGUUUUGAAUUUUACAUCUGUAUUACAGAAGGUAUUUUGGGUGUCACUCUAGAAAAAACAUUAAGCAGCCAGUUUUUUCCUACUGACUCUUACAGCAAGGUGAACUCUCUCCAGUAGUUCUUUGUGCUUGGCUGUUUAACAAGGAAACAGAUUUAAUGAAGAAAUGUUGUGUAAUUGCACACAGAAAUAACUAAAGUCCCCUAAACAGACAGAUAAAUCAUUUGCAGAUAGAAGGCAAAGAAACAAUUCAAUUUCCAAAUUUAAUUACUCUGAAAAUAGCACGUUACAGAAGCUGUAUCCUUUAACACUUCAGCAGCAUUGAAUGUUACUAUGAAGAACUCAACAAUGAAGAAUAAGUUGAACUCUCUUUC